CAAAAACCCCUCUCUCUUUCUCUCUGGUCCCUGCUAUAUUCUCCACUUUCUAAAUCCCUAUCACAUCACCAACCAAAGUAUGUUGAGUGCAAGAAUGUAUUGGGCAGAUUCAAUUGCAAGCCCAUCUUUUCUGUUUUUCUGUUGAACUGGAAACCAACCCACCUCCCCCCUCCCCCUCUGCGCGCACACGACCUCCCACCUCUGCGCAGUCUUUCUAGACUCCGUAUUUAUCCAAUCCAUUUUACCCAGGAUCUCACGAUAUCAGUGAAACGGACGAGUCCUACUGUUAACUUAUCCCAAGUCCCAAAUCCCAAUCCUUACCUCUAAAUCAAUUCAGGGACUGCAAAUAACAAACACAGAAGGAGAGAAAGGGCCAUGGAGAGGCUUAUCUACUCUUCUCCUCUUCCUUCGAAAAUCUAUCUAAAACCCUAUCAAGUUCUCCCCCGAAUUGAAGCUCGAAAACUCGGGGUUUCCUCGUUAUCCCGUACCGAGUGCAGCCGGGUCGGUUCGUUUAUCUGCAAACAGGAUGGCCCACCUUCUUCUUCGUCAUUAUCUUAUUCGAAAUUUCAUGCUCGCUGUUCGAGUCAGGCGCCACCUUCGCCCGUAGAUUCGCCGGAUGGGUCAGUGCCCACGUCCCCUUUUCUCAAUCAGAUCCCAGGAAGCACUUCAGAGCAGCAAAAGGUAGUUCCUGCUAUGACGAUUAUACUGUUGUCUGCUUUAAUAGUUUUCUUGGUCCACCCAAUUCUUGCUCUUCCUGCCUAUGCUACCAUACAAACUGCAACAGGGGGGUCUGCUGCUGGUGCUGUGGUGGGGGGAAGACUGGUUCGGACUGAGUUACUAAGUAGUGCUUGGACUGGUUUCUUUGCUGGCUGUUUACAUACAUUAUCGGGGCCUGAUCAUCUUGCUGCCUUGGCUCCACUCUCAAUUGGGCGUUCACGGCUGGAGAGUGCUGCAGUUGGGGCUCUCUGGGGUUGUGGCCAUGAUGCAGGUCAGAUGAUCUUUGGUUUACUGUUUCUGCUUCUCAAGAACCGUCUCCACAUUGAGGUCCUACGCACAUGGGGUACUAGAGUGGUGGGCUUGACUCUUCUCAUUAUAGGGGCUAUGGGAAUCAGGGAGGCUUCAGAGGUCCCUACACCAUGCGUCGCCCUUGAGAAUGGGGAGUGUGAUGUGAGUGCCCUUGAAGCCCUUGAAACACCAACAGUAGGGAAAAAGAAAAUUGGCUUUGCAACUUUUGCCACUGGAAUUGUCCAUGGGCUUCAACCAGAUGCCCUUUUGAUGGUUCUUCCUGCGCUAGCUCUGCCUUCACGGUUAGCUGGUGCUGCCUUUCUAUCUAUGUUCUUGCUUGGAACCGUAAUUGCCAUGGGGAGUUAUACUGUGCUUAUUGGUUCUUGUAGUCAGGCGUUGAAAGAAAGAGUCCCAAGAAUAACUGAGAAACUAACCUGGGGUUCUUCCCUAAUUGCAAUUGGUCUUGGAUUUGCCAUUCUCAUUAGCCAGUUCUUUGGGUUUAGCCUGUAUUAACAUGAUCUCCUAAAUUGUCCAUUUUUUAAGCUUGUGGUUUAAGAAAAAGUGAUCUGUUUACAGCAAAAGCCAUUCCUGUGUUACGCUUGGCUCAACAAGGAUCUUCUUUUGUCGUCUUAUUUUGCUCUUCAAGCUUGUAGUUUAAACACACAAGAGGACGCUUCCCGUUCUAGGUCCUAUUUCACCUCUCGGGAACUUCUGUAACCUUAUUUAUUAUAGAGUUCAAAUUGGUUGACAAAGUUAAUUUCAUUUGCUUUAUGUUUCAAUGGUUA